AAUGCCUGAAGAAUAAUGAUGUGUCUCGUCAAUGAGCGUUUCUGUGUGGGUUCUAUGUCCUUCAGUUUUGUGGCUGGAUUCUGAUUUUACCCUCACUGAAAACACCUUGGAUUGUGGACUCGGGAUCGCUGCUUUACGUGCAGCCCUGAACACAAAACCUGCGUUUGUUUUCCGCGGAUUGUGUAGCGUGUUUUAUUCUAACUUUAUGCACGAAAUGGAAUGCAGAGUAUUGUCAAUUCAGAGUCAUGUUGUCAGGGGAUAUGUUGGCAAUAAAUCGGCAUCAUUUCCGUUACAGGUGCUGGGGUUUGAGGUGGAUUCAAUCAACUCGGUACAAUUCUCCAAUCAUACAGGCUACUCCCACUGGAAAGGCCAGGUGCUGACCGCUGAUGAGCUGCACGUCCUCUACGAGGGGAUCAAGCUCAACAACGUCCACCACUACGAUUAUGUUCUCACAGGGUACACUCGAGACACUUCCUUUCUGGAGAUGGUUGUGGACAUCGUACAAGAGCUGAAGAGGGCCAAUCCUAACCUUGUGUAUGUGUGUGACCCGGUGCUGGGGGACCAUGGCUCCAUGUACGUUCCUGAGAACCUGCACCCGGUCUACAAGAACAAGGUAGUGCCAGUGGCCGACAUCAUCACACCCAAUCAGUUUGAAGCAGAGCUCCUGACAGGGAAGAACAUUAGCACAGAGAAAGAUGCAGUGGAGGUGAUGGACCUGCUCCAUAAGAUGGGUCCUGACACGGUGGUCAUCACCAGCUCUGACCUGCCCUCGCGUCUGGGUGACCGCUUCCUUGUGUCCCUGGGCAGCCAGAGGACGUUGAUGCCUGAUGGUACCAAGUCCACCCAGAGGGUCCGUAUGGAGAUCCCUAAGGUGGACGCUGUGUUUGUGGGGACAGGGGACCUGUUUGCUGCGAUGCUGCUGGCCUGGACUCACCACUACCCCAACGACCUCAAGACUGCAUGUGAGAAGACUUUCUCAGUCAUGCAUCACGUUAUCAAGAGGACCAUCUCCUAUGCUCACGAGUUAGCAGGGCCUGGCCGAAAACCCAGCCCACCUCAACUGGAGCUGAGAAUGGUUCAGAGCAAAGCGGACAUCGAGGACCCCGCCAUCGUGAUGGAGGCUACUGUCCUAACCCUAUAGAGCCCCCACAUCCCAUCCCCCUCCCCCACCCACCCCUCCACCCGCUCCACAACCGCACAAUGUAUAGGUGUUGUACAUUUUUAUCUGUAAUGUGACAUUGCCUUAGAAAUCUCAUACAGAGCACAACAUUUCCAUAUGAGGAGACUUAGCAGGGUAUGGAUGGACAGACUGGGGGGUGAGCAGAGGAGGGGAAGACCUGAGUGGACUGGGGUGGGGGCUACUGCACCUCGCGCACCUCCCUUUGACAACCUGGUCUCUCUCGGUCUCUCUUCAUCUCUCCCACUCCCUCUAUGAGCUCGCCUAACCUCUUGGUUUGUCCUGCACACACAGCUUCACAGCCCAGCCCAGGCCUAGACUAUUCCAAGGCCAGGCAUCACAGGGCUUAGGCCUAUUGGAGUUGCAGCACUAGCUAACACCGGUGGCAAUGUGGUGGCCCAGGCUAGCUAAGGCCGAGGUUAUAUCUGGUAGAGGUUGAUCGAUUAUGAUUUUUCAACGCCAAUACCGUUUAUUGGAGGACCAAAAAAAGCCGAUACCGAUUAAUCGGCCGAUUUUUAUAUAUAUAUUUGUAAUAAGGACAAUUACAACAAUAAUGAAUGAACACUUUUAUUUUAAAUUAAUAUAAUACAUCAAUAAAAAUAUAUUUAGUCUCAAAUAAAUAAUGAAACAUGUUUGGUUUAAAUAAUGCAAAAACACAGUGUUAGAGAAGAAAGUAAAAGUGCAAUAUGUGUCAUGUAAAAAAGCUUACGUUUAAGUUCCUUGCUCAGAACAUGAGAACAUAUGAAAGCUGGUGGUUCCUUUCAACAUGAGUCUUCAAUAUUCUCAGUUAAGAAGUUUUAGGUUGUAGUUGUUAUAGGAAUUAUAGGGCUAUUUGUAUUUCAUAUACCUUUGACUAUUGGAUGUUCUUAUAGGCACUAUAGUAUUGCCAGCCUAAUCUCGGGAAUUGAUAGGCUUGAAGUCAUAAACAGCGCUGUGAUUCAAGCAUUGCGAAGAGCUGCUGGAAAAUGCAGGAAAGUGCUGUUUGAAUAAAUGCUUACGAGCCUGCUUCUGCCUACCACCGCUCAGUCAGACUGCUCUAUCAAAAAUCAUAGACUUAAGUAUAAUAUAAUAAACACACAGAAAUAUGAGCCUUAGGUCAUUAAUAUGGUCAAAUCCAGAAACUAUCAUUUCGAAAACAAAACAUUUAUUCUUUCAGUGAAAUACGGAACCAUUCUAUAUUUUAUCGAAUGGGUGGGAUCCAUAAAUCUAAAUAUUGCUGUUACAUUGCACAAUCUUCAAUGUUAUGUCAUAAUUAUGUAAAAUUCUGGAAAAUUAAUUACGGUCUUUGUUAGGAAGAAAUGGUCUUCACACAGUUUGCAACAAGCCAGGCGGCCCAAACUGCUGCAUAUGCCCUGACUCUGCUUGCACAGAACGCAAGAGAAGUGACCCAAUUUCCCUUGUUAAUAUUGCCUGCUAACAUGAAUUUCUUUAAACUAAGUAUGCAGGUUUAAAAAAAUAUUCUUGUGUAUUGAUUUUAAGAAAGGCAUUGAUGUUUAUGGUUAGGUACAUUGGUGCAACGACAGUGCUUUUUUCGCGAAUGUGCUUGUUAAAUCAUCACCCGUUUGGCGAAGUAGAUAAAUUAAUAAAUUAACUGGCACCGCAUUGAUUAUUUGCAAUGCAUGACAAGCUAGUUAAACUAGUAAUAUCAUCAACCAUGUGUAGUUAACUAGUGAUUAUGUUAAGAUUGAUUGUUUUUUUACAAGAUAAGUUUAAUGCUAGCAAGAAACUUACCUUGGCUCCUUGCUGCACUCGCGUAACAGGUGGUCAGCCUGCCAUGAAGUCUCCUCGUGGCGUGCAAUGUAAUCGGCCAUAGACGGUGUCCAAAAAUGACGAUUACCGAUUGUUAUGAAAACUGGAAAUCGACCUUAAUUAAUCGGCCAUGCCGAUUAAUCGGUCAACCUCUAAUAUCUGGCCAACCAACCAACAAUCUGUCAAUCAAUCAAGCCUUGUGAAAUACAUGCACAGCUGAGGGCAGAAUACUGAUCAGGGAUAGGAUAGAACCUGAGGCACUUAUUUCAGUGGAGGAGUGGUGGUUUAGACAUGUUUUACCUCAUAUGUCACAACAGGACAAUGGUUUUGGGUAUGUUGAUUCUUAAAUCAAUUGUCCAUGUUCGGUGCUUAGAUCAUGAUCAGAAUAUGAUCAUUGUAAGCACGUCACUAACUUUGUGGUUGUAUGUUUUUGUGUUGUUUGUUAUUUGUUAUUUACAAUGUGUGAAAUGCUGGAGAUCUAUCAUUUCAACAUUUGUUGAUAUAUGAUCCGUGUGUGUUCAAAUUUCAAUGUUAUUGGAAUUACCAUGCGUAUGUCUUUUAUUUUGGUCUUAAUUGGUUGUAAGGUCUAGCAAGGAUAAUCUACACUGUUCGUUUUAUACGUGCAAAACAUUCCUAUACUUUUUUGUGUAUUUGUAUAUUUACAUAUCUUGGGCAGAUAUGAUAUUGAUAUGGUUUCUCUGUCUGUGCCAAACUUGUGAAAUCAAAUUAUGUUAGAGAGUGCCGAACUGGCUGUUUCCUGAUACAGACAUGAAAUUGCAAUAAAGUUAAUAUGAAUCCUGUUAUUUAGCCAACUUGCUGUAAGUUUUCUGUCUGCCCCUGCUUUGUAGAGAAUUCUCCAUAUCUUACCCUCUGUUCUGAAAAAUUAACAAUGUGGAGAAAGCCGAUUUGAUAUUUCUGGAGAUGCUCUGUUACAGGGACUCAAAGUUGAGGAACCAACCAUUUCUCAUCAGACAGGGGGUGUCCGUGUGCAGGACCAAUCAGGGGUUAGUUCUGCUCUGACUGACAUGUACUUACUCCUCAGCUUUUCAUGAAACCAGUGAACUGUUUAAUAUAUGUUCCAACUGUGCGUUACUGUACAUUUGUGUGUUUGCGUGUGUGUGUGAGAGUAUGUACAUGUAUGUAAGUGUAUAUUUCCUGUAAUGGGG